CUACGCCUCGCGUAAACUGCGCGGUCCCACCCGCGGGAGAGGGCUUCCUGCGGUGUAGAGAGCGCCUGUCUCUGCGUGGGCUAAGAGGCCAGGCCCGCACCUAGGAACGUCGCUUACGUAAACCCCCUCACAGAGGUUUGUUAAGCAACGUGACAAAUGGAUGGCUAUAGAAACACCAGGAUUUAACAUCUCAAGAACACGAAAUGUCUCUUCCCACCUACCAGUGCGUGCUGCAGUAUGCAUUGCAAGGCUUCUCGACCCUCUUACCCGAGUGAUACUGGACACGGCUACUUUUGUACACACAGUGCAGGCACUUCAUGCUCUGAAAAUGAUGGCAGCUGUUCAUCAUCCCCAUGUGAAAAUGGUGGGAGCUGUACGGAUCUGGAAGUGGGUUACCAGUGCACCUGCCCCAUGCAGCCAGUAGCGUACACGGGCAUAAACUGUGAACUCCUCUAUGAUGCAUGCGUUAGCCACGAGUGCCCUGCCCAUAGGAUUUGCCACGGGACUCCGGGACUCCUGGAAUAUGAAUGCAUCUGUAGGCCUGGCUUCACAGGUAUUGAUUGUAACAUUAAUAUUAAUGAGUGUGAGAGCAACCCUUGUAAAGAUCCUCAUUUUGAAUGUGUAGAUAGUGUAAAUGGAUACACCUGUAAAUGUCAAACAGGACUGAAUGGAGAAGGAUGCCAAACAGAAAGCUCUGUAUGCGCUAGCCACCCCUGCCUAAAUAACGGGACCUGUGUCGAGGGUCCUGGGGACUAUACCUGCAUCUGCCAACCUGGCUUCACCGGGGCCCACUGCAAAGACAACAUUGAUGAGUGCGCUUCCAGCCCGUGCCAGAACGGAGCCAUCUGCCGAGACAGGGUGAAUGAGUAUAGCUGUUUCUGUGUGCCUGGGUUCCAAGGAUACAACUGUGAAAUAGACAUCAACGAGUGCGCGUCCCGGCCCUGUAAGCACAAUGGCACCUGCCUCAAUGAGAUGGAUCACUAUUUGUGCAAGUGCAUCCCCGGCUACACAGGUAUAAACUGUGAUGCUGAAAUAGAUGAAUGUGAUUCAGAGCCUUGCCAGAAUGGGGCCUUGUGCAGUGACCAUGUUGGGUUCUACACCUGCACCUGUGCACCAGGUUACCAGGGGAUCCAGUGCGAGGUGGACAUCGAUGAAUGUGUGAGCCAGCCCUGCGAGCACAAUGGGACAUGUCACGACCUCAUUAACAGCUACCAUUGUGACUGCAGUGACACAGGCUUCGAAGGGGACCACUGUGAGUUGGAUAUUCUGGAGUGUGCCUCUGAACCCUGUCUGAACAGUGCCACAUGUGUGGAGGGAAUCAAGAACUACAGCUGUGCCUGCUGGCCAGGUUACCUGGGGCAGCGCUGUGAGGAGGACGUGGAUGAGUGUGCGGCAAAUCCCUGCGACAACGGAGGUGUGUGCUUUGAGCGAUCCAACCAAGCCUAUUAUGGAACACGACCUGACUUCCCCAGUGACUUCAGCUAUAGCCAAGCAGCUGGUUUCCUCUGUUGGUGCCAGCCAGGCUUUGCAGGGGAGACCUGCUCUACUAACAUUGAUGAGUGUGAAUCCCAGCCAUGCCAGAAUGGAGGGCGCUGCGUGGACCUUGUUAAUGGCUUCCUUUGUCAUUGCCCACCAGGAUACUCAGGUGUGGAAUGUGCUGUUAACAUCAAUGAGUGUGAGGAGGGUCCCUGCAAGAAUGGAGCUGUCUGUGAGGAUGGCAUUGCUGACUAUACCUGCCACUGUGCCCCUAGCCAGGAUGGCAUUAUAUGGGGAGGGAAGAACUGCUCUGUCAAGCUCACUGGGUGCCAGACGCAUGACUGUCAAAAUGAGGCCUUGUGCAUCCCAACCUACCUAGCUGAGAGCCAUGGCCACCUGUGCCAGUGCCAGCCUGGUUUCUAUGAUGCCACAUGCUCAACACCAACAACGUUUUCCUUUGCUUCCAGAGGGUAUCUCCUCAUUGAGCUGCCCAUGAACAAUCAAAGCAGGAGGGACGUAGCAGGGGAUCAGCUGGCCAGCGUGUCCCUCCGGUUCCGAACCACCUUGCCCAGCGCCAUCCUUUUUUACCGAGGCCACGAAGCUGAACACUUGUUCCUGGAGCUCUUUGAUGGCAUUCUGCAUGCAGGACUGAAGAGGGAGGAUGUUGAGUACCUGUUACUCCUGGAGGGGCUGAGAGUCGAUGAUGGCCACUGGCAUAAAGUUGAAGUUCUUCUGCAGAACACCGUGCAGCUGAAGCUCUGGCAUGACUCUUGUGAUGCAGAUAUCUGCCUGCAGAGCUCUCCUGUUGAGCAGGGCACUGCUUGGAUCCCGCAUGCCUUCCAGAACAUGUAUGUUGGAGGUGCUCCCGAUCCAAUGGCCAGCAACACGCACAGCCAGCAGGGCUUUGUGGGCUGCCUGGAGGACCUGCAGGUAGAUUCGGGAGCUGUGCUCCCACUGGAUCUCCCUGUGGGCGAGUCAUCCCCGGUGACGCUGGGGUGUGACAGGACGGAGUGGUGCCUCUCCCAGCCUUGCUCUCAUGGAGGGCUGUGCAUGGACCUUUGGGCAACCUUCAGGUGUGACUGUUCUAGGCCGUAUGGAGGCCCAACUUGCUCAUACGAGCGCCCAGCAGCAACGUUUGGCCUGGAGAAUUCCACCAGCUUUGCCUCUUUUACCCUUUCUGAUAGCCUUGGUGCAAAUUUCAACAUCUCCUUUUUCAUUCGUAGUCUGAAACCUGACGGUUUGCUAUUGCAGAUCGGCAACGAAACUGACCCCUGCCUCACCAUAUACUUGAAGAACGGCAAGCUGAAGAUAGAGGUGUUACCUGCAGAUACCGUGACCUUUCCAGAAAAUGUAGUUGAUGGGAGAAGACAUUUGGUAGCUCUGUCUUUCCAAGGUGGAGUUAUUCUUGCCCACCAGUCAGACAGAUACGUGGAGCUAGCACGGCUUGUAGCUGGACCUCUUUUAGCUGGCUAUGAAGUGUACAUUGGUGGGCUUCCUAACCCAGACAGCACCGAUAAGUGGGGAGGCUAUUUUAAAGGCUGUUUGCAAGACGUCCAGCUGAACACCCAUGAAGUACAGUUUAUUCAGGCUGAGAACUACAGUCUGCCGCAGGAACUGAAUAGAGUUCAAAACACUAAUCUUGUGAAUGGUUGCAUCUCUGAUGACACCUGUAAGUCUGAACCAUGCCAGAAUGGUGGCAGAUGCAUCGUCACUUGGAAUGAUUUUCGUUGCAGCUGUCCAGCAAAUUUCACUGGGAAAUUUUGUGAAGAGAGAGUCUGGUGUGAAAGUGACCCAUGUCCUGAAACCACCACCUGCAUCGAUGUUCUAGCAGGAUAUGUGUGUCUGGCUAAUGCAACCUUUAAUAGCUAUGCCGCCAUCGAAUUCACCACCAAUACAUCAGUGACCAGAACUCUGAGCAGCCUCCACCUGGAUUUCAGAACCAGGGAUGAAGAUGCUGUUUUGCUUCGGGCUGUGGAAGAAGUGGAUUCCCUCCAGAUAGCCAUUAAGAACUCCUCCCUGCUUGUUGAUAUCAAAAGCGGGAACAGCAUCGAAGGGGUCAGCUUCCUGAGCCAGGUGUCUGUCACGGAUGGUGCCUGGCACACGGUCUCCGUGUCUAUGGAAGAGCCGUCUGCACUUUCUUCCAGAUGGCUAGUUCGUUUGGAUGGGUCUGAUAAUACGACUCUGCAGGGAAAUGCUGGGAACUUGGACUUCUUAAAAAACAACGCGCCGAUUGUUCUAGCUGAAAAUUUCACUGGCUGCCUAGGACAAGUGAAGAUAGGGGGGAUCUACCUGCCGUUCGCUGCCCAUCUCCCGUACCCUCAGCCAGAACAGUUCCAGCAAUCCGGCAGAAGGACCGUCCAGCUGGGCUGCGCUGGGGCCGAUGUCUGCGCUUCCAGCCCUUGCCUCAAUGCCGGCACCUGCGAGGACUUGUUCAAUUCCUUCGGCUGCGCCUGCAGCGCUGGCUGGGGGGGGCUGCUGUGCGAGUCCAACAUUGACGACUGCCAGUCGAGCCCAUGUGUUCAUGGGGACUGUGUGGAUGCACUGGCAGAUUUUCAGUGCGAAUGUUUCCGGGGGUACAUUGGGAAGAAGUGUGACAUCAACGUGGACGACUGUGUGCGGCACCAGUGCCUGAACGGAGCUACCUGCGUUGAUGGCGUUUAUGGCUACUCGUGCAAGUGUCCAGCUCAGUAUUCGGGACCUCGCUGCGAAUGGCCGUUCCCACCUGAACAGUGUGGUAAGAACUUCACCUGUCUGAACGGUGGCAAAUGCAUCAGUGAGACCUGGGGAGCCAACUGCACUUGCAAGCCAGGUUUCACCGGAAGGAAUUGUCAAAUUAACGUAAACGAGUGUGAUCCAAACCCUUGCCAGAAUGGAGGUACGUGUCAAGACUCUGUGAACAAGUACGAGUGUGUGUGCAGUGCCAGCUACACAGGAGAGCGCUGUGACGUUAACAAAGGGACUCCGGGUGCUUUCUUCCCCUCCCCACUCAUUGAAGUAGCUGUCCCUGUAGCCUGUGGCUCUUUGCUGCUGCUCAGUAUCGGUCUCAUAUUCAUGAUUCUCACUGCAAGGAAGAGGCGCCAAUCAGAGGGAACCUACAGUCCAAGUCAGCAAGAAGUGGCAGGAGCUCGGUUGGAGAUGGACAGUGUUUUAAAGGUGCCACCUGAGGAGCGGUUAAUAUAGGCACUACCGUGGCAAGGAGAUGCACCUGCAAGGUCUGCUUUGACCUUGAUCUUUUUUCCAGCACUUGCAGCAGCAGAUCCGCUCUAUCCCAGUUCCCCUAAGGCAUGGCGAUGAAGACACGGACUAAAAGCACAUGGCAGACUGUUUAUGCUGUGGCUGUUCCAGCUGGUUACAUUUAAUUGGGUCAAUUGCACAGCACUGGCUCAAAGUGAGCCUUUUCCCCCCCUCGUGCCCUCCCUGGGGACAGCCCGGUCCUUUCACCUCAGCAGACGCUGGUGAGGUGUGCCUGCUUUGACUUCCCCUGGCUCCAGUCCACCUCUCACGCAGCAGUGGUACAUUUAAAGACUGCCUUAAAGGACAGGGUUAAAUUAGGCACUAAUUUGCAGAUGAAGAUCUAUAUAUACUUUUAAGGAGAGAUGUAUAGAGGAUGUUUGUGAUUAUUUGUAUGUACUGUUCUGGUUUUCUUUUCAACAAGUCAAAUUCAAAGCUUUUUCAGCUCGAGUAUGACGUUUUCAAAUCUGGUUUCACACAGCAGCCUUCAACAGCAACAGCAGCUGUGAACUCCUGCCUCGUGCUAGACACAGUGUUACAAGGAACUGUCAGGAACUACUGAAAUCGCUGUAUGGAGCCACAUGUUUUAUGAAGGAGUCUCUGUUUUGGCUCGGUCGUUAGACAUUCCCACGGGUACCGCACAGCAGAGGUGCCGGCAGGACGUUGCGGGUUGGUGGGCAGGUGGCUGGAGAGCUCGGCAGUGCCUAUUGCCAAAUACUGACCUUACAGCUCAACAGGCUGGGGGUGGGCAAAGUGAGCAGGAGAACAGUCCCCCCCCCCCAGGCCUCUACUGCAUCCCCCGACUGUCCUGGGACAGGGAGGGGACUCUGGUCCCUAACCGGGGGUGCCUGUUGGGGGGGGGGGGGAUGUUAUGUCUAGCGUUGCUGCCAUCACUUUGACGGUGACUGUGCAGCGCAGGGGGCCGGGCUGAGGGACUGGCACUGUUGUGUAUGUGACAUGCAGCGUUGGCCGCGUGGCCGCUCUGAUAACACCCUGUUCUACCACAGCAGCCAGUGUGGGCGCAUCUUAGCAACUCCUCCGUUGUGGGAGCAGUCGGGGCCGCGGGGGCUGCCCUGCUCCUCGCAGCUGCUGCAGCCGUUGCCAUCGCCAUGAAGAGACGGAGAGCAACUCAGGGAACGUACAGCCCAAGCCGGCAGGAGAAGGAUGGGGCACGAGUGGAGAUGUGGAACGUAAUCAAGAUGCCACCGACGGAGCGGCUGAUAUGAGACCUGGGCGUCACGUCACAGGUGCGGUGUCAUCCCACAGCAGUCACUGGCUCCUGGCUGAUGGCGUGAGGUGUGGUUUUAGGCUAGCGCUGUGUUGCUUUAAGCUACUCCAUAGGCUGCAGGCGCUGUCUGCUGUUACUUGGCAGGAAGAGUCAACUGCUUGAACAAGCUUGUUUGGUUGUGUUAUUGCAGCUCUGCUCUUAAAAGACUGCUUGUAAAAAACUGGUCUGCCAGCAAGAGCAGAUUAAAAAAAAAGUGGUGGUGGGGAAUAGUUCUGCUGGGUUUGGUGGAGGCCAGCAAGAAAGACGUGGUGGCAAAACUGCUACGAGCAAAUAAUGAUACCGUAGCGCCAGCAGUAAGAGAGCUGGUAGGGCCCGUAUGUACAAUGAUGUCCUCCCUCCCUUACUGAAUUGGUGUCUCUCAGGCCUCUGAGGGCUUACAGCUGUAAUAACUGCCACUGCCAUGCAGUCAGCAUGAAGAGCACCAUGCAGGUAAGUCAUUAAGGCCUAAUAGAGAAAAUAUUUGUAUUAAGAAAUGACAUGGCCGGUUCAAAACCAUGUGCCCGUGACGGCAAGCAGGCACCUCCUCUGCAAAGCCCAGGCAAGCGCCUGACUGAAAGGUGACAUUUCUCAGAGCUGCUGCUGGCCUCCCACGAGCUGCAGCAGAGCUCACGUUACAGUCGCAGAAAAGAAGGAUCACAGUGCUAGCAUUAGCCACUACUGCAUCUUUUCCUAAGGCUAAACCAUCGGACUAUAUUAAGUGCCUUUCUGAGACUGAAUUACCAGUUACAGUAUUAAAUUUCUUGAGAGGAUGUUUAUAUGUAGACAGACUGAUCACUUUAUUUGAUCAGGCUUUACAAGAAGGUUGAUGGUAGCAGGCUGGAUUUUUUUUGUUUUUUUUCCCAUCUGCUUCUAGCUAUAGUAUGUGCCAUCCACACAGCAGUCUGGCGCUCAGGGGGUGGCACUAAGUAGAAUGACUGCAGAACGGACCUUAGUAAGUGAUUUUAAUAUUUGAACAUCGAGUGAUAUUUGCUUGUAGGAGGAGGGGAGAAGCAGGUAUUUCGAGACCUGUACUACUAUGGCCAGAUUACAGCAUGUUUGGGCUAGUCAUGACAGAGGAGUGGAAUUCACUUAAGUUAACUAAUGUAUUGAACUUCAACAUGAAACUAAGUUUUCUCUGGUGAAACAGCAUUUAUUUUCCACUUUUCUCUAAAAAGGAUGUUAAUUGUGUGACUCUGCUCCUCCUUUGCUAGUGUUCCAGCGGCUGAGUGUGAUGUUUAUUUUUUAGCAUAAUGUGUUAGAGACUGGGGAAAGAACUGUGAGCGAGCAGGCCAAAUAAGGUCUAACAAUUACCAUUUCAUGAUAAUUACUACGAGUAUCAAUGAGAAAUAUUUUAGAAAACAGUGUCUGCUUUUAUCUCCGAAGUACUGUUAAUAAAGAGGGUGUGAAUCUGCACACCAUAGCUAAUUGCCACUGGUAGAAAAAUCCUCCACUGUUUUGAUCUUGCAAAAUACAUAUUUUUUUUAACUCCUGCUGUAACGUUUCUGGAAUUCUAAGCAAAGGGCCGAGUACAGAAAGUAGCGGCUGGGGCUGCCCGCUUAAGAACACGUCUUCUGCUUUCAUGCAACUGUUGAUGUAAGGUGAAGAAUGAAAAUUUUGGAAAAUAGAACAAAACAAAAUAUUAGACGGUAAGGCAAUUAAUAUUUUAUGUGUAGUAUCACUGCCCCUCUAAUACUAAAUAACAACUGACAGAGCAAGUGGUGAUCACACCCUGGAUGUGGUUUGGACAUAGUAUGGAGAAGAAAGAAAUGCCCUAAUUUCAGUUUGGUGAGCUUGCCACUUGCUAUCACUUUUAUUUAUUAGUAAUAAUACUGCGGUUACUUACGUUUAACGUGAAAGAUUUGCUCUGUGUAUUUUCCACAUGCUGUUUAGAAAGGUUGAACAUACUCUCAGACUGGGGACAGCUAUCCUGCCCCGUCCCCUGCCGCAGGGGAAGGAGUCACGCUGCACUGGGAAGAGGAGGCAGCUGGGGUUUUGUCCAGCAGCAUCUGGGCACGGGCCGAGGCAGCGGCGGUGCUCGGUGCUCUGCCCGGAGCGGGCUAGAGGGGCGGCCCCAGGGCGCAGAGCUGCUUACCCCGGCUGGAGAGACAGAACACUCACCCUGGACCCAGUCUGUGCUUGUCUUAAGGCUGGGGCUAUCUCCCGGUGAGGACGGACUCGGGCCCCCGCAGUAGCAUCAGCGGGCUUCUCCGUGAGCCCCCGGAGCCUCUUGGAGCCCUACUGUGUAGCCUUUACUUAAGUGCAGAGUUAGGUGUGGUUUUGUUCAUCCCAUAACGACGUAUGAUAAAACUACAGCAAGCUUAGAGUAUAGUUCAGCUUUCCCCAAAUCCAGACCUGAUUAACAGACGUUGCCAGGAGAGGCUUUACUUUCACGUUUUAGCUCCACUCUAUUUUUUAUGUCUAAAUUGUAGAAAAAUGAAGGCAGCAACAGGAUCUAAAUGAACCAGUAUUAUUCCAGCCUGUGUUAUUUUGAGAAGAAAAAUGGAAUUGUGUUACAGGAACUGACUAUUACUAAGCUUCUGAAAUAUCCUGAAAAGCAGCAAGAAGCUACAGAAACCAACAACAGUAGGUAGAGACACCUAAAAACCAGCCUUGAGGCAAAUUGGAAGCAGUGGCUCUGUCUGCAUCCGCUGCUGUUCCUGGGUAGUCAGCAGGAAGCCUGCUGCUCAGUUGCUUUACAGGAUUAGCUGAGCAGAUUAUUUUCUUUAAGCACCCAAAGCCAAUACUAGCAAAAGCGUUAAAAUACUUUGUCAGUGUCUUGAGCAUUUCUGCAAUAUAAUUUAUGAAAGGUUUUUUUCAAUAAUGAACUUAACUUUCUUUUGAUAUUUAAUUUUUGAAUAUAUUUUUUCACAAAACUGGAUUUGCUGUAGAUAAUGAUCAUUAUCCUGAUUUUUUUGUAAUUGUAAAUUUUAUAAUUUGUAAAAAUUAGAAUGGCCCUCAAAGAAAUUUACAAUUAAAAAAAGUUAAAAAUUA